UUCUGUGCUUCGGGAAACUGCUGUUGUGGAGUACCAGGAAAGGGAAACCAAAAGCUGAAGGGACUAUUUGGAAAGAUGCGUGUGUAGAGCUUUCUUAUGAUUUGAAAGCUCACAGUGAUGGGUUUAAUUGCAUCGUUUCAAUCAUUACAAUACACUUGUUUACGGGAUUGUUGACAAUUGAGAAGCCCUAGCCUAACUGAAGUAACUGUUUCUUACGAAAGAAACAUCUGCUUGUUAGUGUGUCCCCGGACUGGUGCAAGGCUACUGGCAGAGUCUACUGUUUAGCAUCGGGUACUCCCACCCAAAGCCGAUUGUGCUAACAUGUGUAUUAUAUGUGUCAGAAGAGACAGGACGCAUAAGGGAUGAGGCAUCUGCUGUAGUUUUCGAUCUGGUGUUCGGUGUCAUGCAUUUCAAACCGGUUUUCUGGACUCUGCAUAAUAUAGCACCAUUGGCUUAUUCUGCCGUCAUCCAAACUGACAGUUGUUCCUUUAGAGCUCUCUGUCCAAAGGGCAGAGUCAUUUAAUUUUUAAUCAUGGAAAUUGGAAUGAGGGUUGUCCGUGGAAUAGAUUGGAUUUGGAAUAAUCAAGAUAAUGGAGAAGGAAAUGUUGGCACUGUGGUGGAGAUUGGUCGACAAGGUGGCACAACACCUGACAAAACUGUUGUUGUCCAGUGGGACUGUGGCACAAGAACCAAUUAUCGUACUGGAUUUGAAGGGGCAUAUGAUCUCCUUCUGUAUGAUAAUGCACAGAUAGGUGUCCGCCAUCCUAACAUUAUAUGUGAUUGCUGCAAGAAACAUGGAAUAAGGGGAAUGCGCUGGAAGUGUAAAAUUUGUUUUGAUUAUGACCUAUGUACACAGUGCUACAUGAACAACAAACAUGAUCUUUCUCAUCCUUUUGAACGUUAUGAAACUGCUCACUCACGACCAGUUAGCACAUCACCGGAUUCUAGAAGAAACCUCCCUGGAAUCUCUGUCAGAGGGGUCUUUUUAGUAGCUCAGGUUGUUUAAGCCCCUGACUGGCCAUGGGGUGAGCAGGAUGGUGGUGAAGGAAAAGUUGGAAAAGUCCUGGACAUCCGUGGUUGGGACUUGGAAACUGGACGCAGCGUGGCGAGUGUGGCUUGGUCUGAUGAGAACACUAAUGUUUACAGAGUAGGACACAAGGGAAAGGUGGAUUUGAAGUACGUCACUGAAGCAUCUGGAGGGUUUUAUUACAAGGAACAUCUGCCACAGUUAGGUAAACCUGCAGAGCUGCAGAGACAAGAGAGUACAGAGAAGCAUCCAUUUCAAAAUGGGGAUAAAGUGAAGUGCCUGCUCGAUGUAGAUAUUCUACGAGAAAUGCAAGAAGGGCAUGGUGGAUGGAAUCCCAAAAUGGCAGAUUACACUGGUCGCCUUGGGAUAGUGCAUAGAAUCACAGAUAGAGGUGAUGUGAGGGUGCAGUAUGGCAACAAAAUUCGAUGGACUUUUCAUCCUGGAGCUCUUACCAAGCAAGGUGCCUUCUGGGUUGGAGAUGUUGUACGUGUAAUUGAUGACCUGAACACAGUGAAGCAGCUGCAGGCUGGUCAUGGCGAGUGGGCUGAAGGAAUGGCAGCAGUACUUGGACAAGUUGGAAAAGUGCUUAAAGUCUACCAUGAUGGAGAUUUAAGAAUAGCCUUUAGUGGUCAGACAUGGACAUUUAAUCCAGAAUGCCUUGUAGCCCAUCGGGGAGAAGUAGAUGCAAAUCUUAUGACAACAGAGAAUGCAAAUGAAACAAGAAAUACACUGAUGUCAGUAGUAGAAAAGCUUCUGUCACAGAAAACAGAUCCAGAAAACCCUGGCCAGCUAGUUAUUGAAGCAACACAUGGCAACUUGGCAAAGAUUCGAGAGCUGCUGCAGAAGUACCCAGACAAGGUGGAUAUUAGAAAUCAGGGGAAAACUGCCUUGCAGGUCAGUGCCCAUCUCGGCCAUGUGGAAGUUGUACAGGCAUUACUACAAGCAAAUGCAACAAUCGAUUUAAAGGGUGAAGAUGGUGAUGCUGCUCUACAUUACGCAGCAUACGGGAAUCAAGUGGAAGCGACUAAGCUGCUUCUUGCUAGAGGAGCAAAUGGCAAUCUAACCAAUAAUUCGAUGUGCACACCUCUCUACAUUGCUGUAAACAAGGGGUUCACCGAGCUUGUCCGGGCGCUGUGCAGUCAUGGAUGUGAUGUGAAUCUGCAGGAUUCAAUAGGUGAUACCCCACUUCACUAUGCCAUAACUGCUGAUCAUCGCAACAUCAUUGAAAUCCUUGCCGAUGUGCCAAAUAUCAACUUUGCCGUGCAGAACCAAAAGGGUUUCAGUCUACUCCAUCACGCAUCUUUAAAGGGCAAUAAAUUGGCUGUUGAAAAGAUUUUGAGUAGGGCACGACAAUUAGUUGAUGUUAAAAAGGAAGAUGGCUUCUCUGCUCUUCACCUUGCAGCUCUCAACAACCACAAGGAAGUGGCUGAACUCUUAAUCAGGGAGGGCCGUUGUGAUGUUAAUAUAAGAAAUAACAGGAAUCAGACUCCUCUGCACCUGGCCACAACACAGUGUCACAUAGACUUGGUACAGUUGCUCGUGACGGAAGGUAGCGGUGUGAAUGCAGAAGAUGAAUAUGGGGACACAGCCAUGCAUCUUGCACUAGGUCGCCAACAGAUGAUGGCCAAGUUGCUGGCUAGGGAAGGUGAUGGAUCUUCUCUAUUUUCCCUGCUACAGACAUCUGGAUUACUAGGCAAUAUGGAACUAAAUGUUGGAGCAGCAGUUGCUUGUUUCCUAGCCCAGGAAGGAGCAGACAUAAACUACACAAACCACAAGGGCAAAACUCCACUUGACCUCGUCUCAGAUGGGAGGAUUGUGCAAGUUAUCAAGAACUUCUCCCAGCAAUUCAGGAGCUCUGAGAUCCACACAGAUCAUCCUUCUGUUAGUUCUGGUCUGCGUAGAGUUCAUACAACACCAAAUACCAUGACCAACCUUGCCACACCACCAAAUGGAUCCUUGGUUGAGUGUCUGGUGUGCUCUGAGCUGAGUUUGCUGGUCCUUUUCUUUCCAUGCCAGCAUAGUAUUGUAUGUGAAGAAUGCUCCAGACGAAUGAAAAAGUGUAUUAAAUGUCAAGUUUCCAUCACCAGAAAAGUAAGACAAGAUGACACAGAGGUGGAUUGUAGUCCGAGCCCAGAGAACUCAGAUAAGCACAGACUGAUGGAGGAACUGAAGGAAAGGUACAGAAGGAUGGAGGAACGUAUGACCUGCCCCAUAUGCAUCGACCAGCAUAUCAAACUGGUGUUCCAGUGCGGGCAUGGAGCCUGCAUUGAAUGCAGCGCAUCAAUAAAAGCAUGUCCCAUCUGCAGGCAGCAAAUCCGAGAAAGAAUUCAGAUUUUUGUCUGAAUAUGUGCAUCUAGGGCUGAGAGAGGAGGCCCAUUUCUUCUCUUCCACUGUGGAAGCCGUUUUCUUCAACAUUUAAUCAGACCAUGCUUUCCAAAAGUGAAAAAGUCCUCCUUAGUUUAAAUUCUCCAGAUAUGCAUUGCUGUUAAAGGCCAUUUCCAUGAAGGGAAAGAAAUUGUAUAAAGAUUCAGACUUUUAUUUUCUGACUGCUUUCUGUGGACAUUUCCUGGAAGAUAACUUCACUAGAUGCAGAUUUGUGGGGUUAACAUGAAGGAACUAAAACUGCAAAAAAAAAAAUGUAUCUAGACAUAUCCAAACAAGAACAUCAUGGUUUCAGGUUAUCUGUGGAAGUCAUUUAAACAAGACUUUGUGUUUGCUGAUCUAUGUGGAAUCCAACAAGUUGGAUAAACAUUCUAUUUCAUUACAUCUGCUGAAAGUAAUUUGAAUACAGAAAGUGUGACAGAGCUGUACUUUUGGUUUCCUAUACAGACAUAGACAGGAUGCCUUCUAUGUUUAGUAUUAUAAUCACUGAUUAUAAGCAUUUGUGGUCUCACCUUCAGUGUGAGCCUUCUUUUGCUGCAUCAGUCUAAGACUUUCAGAACUAUGGGAAAAUAAGUGCUGGCAAAUUGUGUUAAGUGGUUCACGUACUACUUUAUGUAUUUAUUUUUUGUCCAGGUUCCCCUGACAUGGAAUGCAGGUAAGACCUGACACAGUACAAUAAGGCUCUUUUCUUGCCACUUCUUUCAGAGCAUAAAGAGAGCAGAGCUCUCCAAACUUAAGAGAUGGUGUUAAAACUAAAACAGUUGUUUUAAAGAAAGCACUUUUUCAAGUCCUGAUGCAGCCAGUACAGACUUUUACACAACCAGCUAGUACCUUGUUACAUUCUGCUGUAACACGGAGUGAGUUACUUUUAUAACUUGUUUGUAAUGCAUAACACUCUGUUACCUUGGCAAGAUAUUUAGAGAACAGUAUUUUUUUCAGAGACAUUGAAGGUGUAAUUGUUUUCUUAAGAACAAUUCUUAUUGCCUAUGAUUGUUUAUAUUACUAAUAUCCUUGCAACAUGAACAUGAAACAUCUUAGUUUCAUGGCUUCUAAAUGAGAUCAUUCAACUUAAUUCAGACCUCACAGGAGAUGAUAGGGCAAAGAUCCUAAUCACAUGUAGUUUGUUUAUUUUCACUUUUCUCAUACUAGAUGAGAUAAACUCAGGUCAAAACCCAGGAUAUAAUAAUCUUAGUAGAGUUAGUGGUGUAGAAGGCUGUGUCAAGAAAUCCAGAUUAACAGUCUGACCCCCCACACACACCUUCUGUGUCUUACACACACACACACACACACACACACACACACACACACACUUUUCUAACUCAUGCAACCUCUUGUAAUAGCCAGUAGUGACCUGCACACAAGCUGAACACAAAAUUUGUUCACGUUACUGUGUGAUGCGAUUCCUGUAUCAUAUCCCUUUCAGAAUUUGCAUUUUAGUUAUGUCACUAAAUUGUGAGACUGUUGACAGUAUAUGCUUUUUGUGGUGGGUAAUGUUGGCAUGCAAGCAGGCAGUAUUGCAAAUAGCAAAUUACUUUAAAAGCUCGCUGUCUAUCACAUUUAUCUGGGAAGAGAGGGCUUGCAGCAGUAGAGGGUCCUUAUCAAAAUUGCGAAGACUGAAAUUUCAGAUGCCCAUAAUUUUGAAAAAGAAAUGGAAUUUUUAAAGUCUGCUUUUUUGCAAUGGGCCUGCGACCCCCUUGUGGAAACUUCACCUCCAAAGCCCAACGUAUAUUCCACCUCUGUGAUCACUGUAUCUCAGGGGAAGGGUCAAAAACAUACUUAAAAAAAAUGUUGAUUUUUAAAAUGAAGAGCAUUCAAAAUUCUAGUCUUUGAAUUUAUGACAAGAACCCCCAUGGAUAGUGCCUAUUUAUAAAUAGCUUAGGAAAAGCAGACACAUUGUAAGCAUGUAGUUUUUUGGUUUAGAAAAUGGGUGUGUGGUCAUUGUGGUUAGUUCAGAGGUAGCAGUAUCAGUGUGUGGCUACUGAAUGCUGUAGUUUUAUUUAAGGGUCUGUGUAAUAAAGUAUGUAUUAUACAGAGGGGGACACUACAUGGUGCAUAUAUAUCAUUAUGAUAAUGAGAGCUAAGCUGUGCAUAGUGAUUGCCUCUGCUGUCAGCUAGCUGUGACUGUAUUCAGCCUGGAGCAUAACUAGUCUUAUCAGCAAAAUGGUAAUGUUCUUCUAAGGCUUUGUAAAUUCCAGAGCUGUGUUUCCUCAGGAAUAUGUCUAAUUUUGCUUUGAAAGUCUGAAUCGUGCCAUCUCCACAGUUUCAUCUAAUAAACUGUUUCAUAUCCAGUGUUCUCAGAAUGAA